GUACUAAAGCUUUUCUGAUGAAAAAUGCUAAAUCCCAGCUGUGUUUACAAGCCAGCCCUGUAAAUGGGAAUUUAUUGCUGCAGAACUGCAAUUCACAGCUAGAUUUCCAGGACUGGUCGUGGCAAGGUGAUUCUUUGGUGAACCGUGGCACGCAGAGCUGCCUCUCCGCGUCAGGGGCUGACAGUGUACAGACAAGCUUCUGCGUCAGCACGGGCUACACGAGCUGGGACUGCUCCAACUCACUGCUCUCACCUCUGGGCACCAGCCAGGGCUACCUGGUGGCAAACAGGAAAGGAGUCGCUCUCAGUGACAUGAGAGGCCUCAAGGCCCAGUGGCAGGAUGCCACAGGCAGGAGCGUGUGUGAGGAGAAAGAUGCCAAGGCAGAGCAUGAUGGAUACUUUCCAGCUGUCCUUGCCAGCACACAUGUGUAUGAGCACACAACAGGCAACACCUCCCUGGUUCUGGGCAUGAACCAGGAAGAUCUGGAUGAGCUUCUCUGGUUCUUCCGUGAAGAAGACCCUGCAGCAUGGAAUUACUCCGUCCUUGCGCUUUCCCUCGCGAGCAUGAUUUUGGGUCUUCUUCUUCUGACCGUUAACAUUGUACGGAACAGGAAAAGGAAGAUCCUCGAGGACAGAGAAGCAGUGCAAACCGUGCAGCAUGCUAAGCUGGAUGCCAAGCAAGGCCUGAUGCCCAUACAGGAAUACAGCCAGGCUGAGCUGCAAAAGCAGGAGCUGAUGCCCCAGGACCAGAGGGCAGGGGAAGUAGUGGUCCAGUGGAAGGAUGGAGCUUUCACAUCCCUGUACACAGACAUGUCUGAGGAGACCAUAUAG